AUGACAGCGCCGCUCUCCACCCUCGCCCCACCCUUUCGCGGACUUUGGGACUGCGGUUUCACGCCCAGCCAGGAGCUGCCCCAGUUCUCCAUUAGGAGCUACCUGGAUGACCAGCCCAUCGCUCGCCAUGACAGCCUCACCAGGAAGAUGGAGCCUCUGGUGCCCUGGAUGGAGGAGGGGGAGAAGGAGGCCUUUCUGGCCCCUGAGUGGGUCUUCAAGGCUGACCUGGAGAAGUUAUCAAAACUGGGCCACCGUGCUGGAGGGAUUCACACCUGGCAGACGAUUUGGGGCUGUGAGCUCAGGGAAGACGGGAGCAAAGGAGGGUUUUUGCACUAUGGCUACGAUGGAAGGGACUUCAUCAGCUUCGACAAGGAGACACUCAGAUGGGUGGCAGCUCAGCCCCAGGCCGAGAAGCUCAAGGAGAAGUGGGAGGAAAAUCCAGGAUGGUCCCAGAGAAACAAAUUCUUCCUGGAAGAGACCUGCCUUGAGUGGCUGCAGAGAUACCUGUCCUACAAGAAGGAGGGUCUGCAGAGGACAGAGCCUCCAGUGGGGAAGGUGAAUUACAAGGUGGUUGAUGAGAGCCUGGAGGUCCUCAUCUGCCAGGCCCAUGGCUUCUAUCCCAGGGAGAUCCAGGCCACCUGGAUGAGGGAUGGAGAGAUCUGCCAAUAUGAGACCCUCCAUAGGAACGUGGCCUCCAACUCAGAUGGGACCUAUUAUGUCUGGCUCAGCAUUGAUAUUGACCCCAAGGAGAGGGACCGUUAUCGGUGUCGCCUGGAGCACCAGGGCUUGCAGGAGCCCCUGAUCUUGGCUUUGGAGGAGGAAACAG